AUGGACGUGCCCGAUGCCACGAAAGAUCCUCAGUAUAUAGAUAAAAAACGGGAGGAAUUGCGAAUUUUUUUCCAGGAUGUCAAACUUCCAAAAGAAACGAUUGAGAAAGCCAUUGAAAAUGAACUGAAACCCUUGAAAACUGAUUUAAAUAGACCAUACAUAGCUGCGGCUGACCAAAGUGAUGUUAAGACAGAAAAAGAAGUAAUGUCUGGUCAACCUUUUACCAAAAUUGAUGACCAUGGCAAGCCCUAUUCUUCUGAAGAAAUUAGGGAAAUGUUAAAAGACAAUCCAAUAAUAGCUGAGAAAGCGCGUCAAAUUCAGAUUAUGGCAAAAAAUGAAAACUUGAACAAGCAAAUAGCCAUACCAUUGGAAGAAAUUAAUGUGUCAGACUAUAAUGAUAUGAGGAGGGAAUUGGACGACGCUAAGGGCGACAAAGACAAAAUUAAGAAUUUAAAUUACAAGAAUAUGUUAUCCUUAAUGACAUCGGUUUCUAACUAUAAGGCAAAAUGUGCGAUAAAAACCGAUGAACUAUCUUCAGAACGAAGCGAGUGUGUUGAAUCAGAUAGUGAUGAAAAGGAAUAUGAAGCAAUAGAAAAAGUUGUCAGUCAGUAUACAACAAAGUCUUAUGAAACACGUUUCCAAGAAACCAAGGACAUGUUAGGGAAGUUAGCUGAUAGAUAUGACGAAGGUGAAUCAUCUCAAAUCUCCAACGAAGAAAUAACCAGUAAUCAGAUACUGAAAGAUUCAUCCGUUCUCACAAUCAAAGGUCAUAAAGGAAAUUCAGUAAUUAAAGAAGUACAAGAAAUGUUUGCUAUAAAUGAAACCAUGAAUAUACCCUUAACAAUUAAACCUGCUGCUCUGGAACGAAACCUAAAAAGCGACAAGAAAACAGAAGUGAUAAAACCUGCAGAAGAAGAAGAUGAAAAUAUAGAGGUACGAGAAGUAUUUCCCAAAAGUUUUGAGGCAAAACUUAAAGAUACAGAAGAAGUGUUGCGUGGAAUAAAUUCCGUUCUUAACAAUGCACCAUCAGCAGCACCCGUCUCGAACGAGACAUUGAACGAAAUCGAUUUGAACUUGAAUUCACAUAAAAUUGAAAAUGAAAAUGAGCCUCAAAAAUUUGACGAGACCAUGCAACAGACGUUACAUGACACUUUGGAAGGUAUAUUUGAUUCAAAUAAUGGAGGAAACUCUGAAAACAAUGAAAUGGAAUUCAAAGAAAUGAAAAACUUAGCACGUAACAUUGUAGAGGGAGCUGAAAACUUAAGUACGCUAAUACGUGAAGAUAUAACAAAUAAACUAAAUAGCAUGAAUGAAUUACUAAAUGACGUCAACGAGGCUCUAGAUAAUUCACGAAAAUCUAAUAUUGCUUAUGAGAAAAUAAAAAAAGAAGGAGAAAUUCUUCGAGGCGAAAUAAAACCUGCAGUUAAGGAAAUUCAAGAAAAUGAUGAACAUGUAACUGAUCCACAAAUGGACAGCAUACAUGACGCUAUAACUAAGCUGAAUUCGGAACUUAAACAUCAUGAAGAAAGGAUUAACCAAAGCAAGGCUAGGUAUGAGCAAAGGAAUGAUGAAUGCAAGACGUUCAUUAAAGAAGUUGAUGAAUUGCUAUUAAAAUCGCAAACUAUUUUACGUCCAAUGAGAAAGAAAAUCGAAGAAGAGAGGAAAAAAGAAACAGCUGACGACAUAAAGCUGACUACUGAAGCACAUUUUUCUGUCGAAGACCAGUCUACGAAUGAAAACAAAGCAGACGUUGAUGAAAAUGUAAAAAAAACACGAAAAGAGUUGUGGGAUGUGGAUUUCUCUUAUCAAAAUGAGAAACAUAAAAAAAUUGCUGAGUCCCAAAAAGCAGAACUUGAGAGAAGCAAAAAGUUAAACAGUCUUCUUUGUGACAUUAAAGAUAAGAUGAAAGAUAAUAAGGAGGUUAUAAAAUUAGCCAAUAAUAUGCUGAGAAGGGAAGAGAACAAACGGAAAGGCCUUAUAGAUAAUUCCGGCAAGAUUAGAGAGCUACCACCAGAAGUGAUAGACACAAAAGCUCAAGGAGAUCACAUCGAACCAUUAGAGGUGGAGUCAUCAAACGGAAAUGAUGUCCCACCGCUAACUGAGGAAAAACGUCAAGAAGUAGAAAUGGAUCUAGCUAAAGAUAAACACUCUGAAGAAAUGAAGAAGCACAAUGAGGCUGCAAAAGAAAGAAUCAAGCAGAGAGAGUUUCAACGAAAGGUGGAAAAAGAAUUGGAAGAUAUGAAUAAAACCCCGAGAAUGACGAAAGAAAAUCUGUCCGUAUUAGACCUUUCUUACAACCGCUUAGAAGAUCCUCUUAUAGUGGAUGUACUUGCUGACAUGGUGAUUUUGAAAGUGCUUGUUCUGACCGGUAACCCCGUGGUUCGCAACAUACCAGCAUAUCGCAAGACCUUGACGCUUCGGUUAAAGGAACUCCUGAACUUGGACAACCGGCCGGUGUUCCCCAGGGAUCGGGCUUGUGCUGAGGCUUGGCAAAGAGGAGGUGUGCAAGAAGAAAUCGCUGAAAGAAGACGGUGGAUAGCAAGAGACCAAGAAAAAGUGAUGGAGAGUGUGAGGUACUUGAUUCGAAUGCGUGAUGAAAAGAAAGCUAUUAGAGAAGCAAAGGAGAAGGAAGAGCGAGAGAAAGCAGGACUACCAGAGAAGGAAGAAGAAAAGCCAGAUAAAAACGAAGAAAGUAAUAAAGAUCUUCUAAAAAUAGAAGAUCCUUCGGUUCAAGAGGAUUCCGCUGAAGUAAAGGUCAAAGAAGGAGUAGCCGUUGACAUGCUCUCAGGAUCUGGUGAAGAAGACUCUACAAGUGAAGAAAGUAGUGACGAAAGUGAUGAUAAAGAAGACGAAACGGGAAAUAUCGAAUGGUCGCAAGUAGACCGCAGUAAACAUCUUGUGCAAGAAAUAACGAACGAGCCGCCACCGCCUGAUCCUGAUGACUACUGGUAUGGCUACGGGAACAUUAAGCCAAAGAAUGAAAUACCUGUCAUUACAUCUGAAUUCCAAGCAAUCAACAACCUGCUUUUUAACCAAGAUCCGCAUACAGGGAGGAAAGGAGUCACUAAGAUUUUAGAAGACUCAAAAUCGCGAGAUAAAAAACGCAUAACAGAAAUAAACCCCGAAGAAGAAAAAGCUUCUGUAUCAGCAGAGAAAAAAGCACUUAUUGAGAUAAUAGAAGCUGCUGACAGUAAAGAUACGGACAAAAAGCAAACCUGUAAUCUUAUUGAAGAUGUUACUCAAACAAAUACCCAAAUGAUAGAUAAAGACCAAACCGUAUUUAAAGAGAGCACGGAAGGAGAAAGAGGCGAAAUCAAUAAAGAAGAAAGUAAAGUUAUCAGUGAUUCGACAACAGUAGAAGACAAGAAUAAUAUAGUUCAGGAUAAUAAGUCUGCUUUGAAGAAAUCUAAAGCUACUAAAAAAAUUCCAAUCGCGGAAAUUCCGUUGGAAUCGAAGGAUAAUUCAAAAGACUCUUCUCAGAAUAGUGAAGAUAACAAUGUUGAUGAAAAACAAGAUGCCCAAAGUCAAGGAAGUGAGAAUAACGUUGCGUCAACCAGUGAGGGAGUUGCAGGGGGUAACUUGAGAUCUCAAACGGAAGGCGACGGUGUAGCCCUUAUUAACUACAUGCGUCGUAUGAAUACUGUAGAAAUUGACGAGAGUAACUUGGAUCUGGAGCCUAGUGCUGAGGACUUGGAAAUUUUCGCUGAACUGGAACGAGAUGAAGCAGAACGUCAGGCAAGGAUCGACAGAGGGGAGCCUCCCGUUGACCCUAUGAAACUAUACGAUAAGAAGAAGAUGGACGCUUACUAUAAGGAGAAGGACAGCGUGCCGGCACAUUUAGUACAGGAAAAGACGAUAUUUACCACCUACAAACACGACAAUGCAUUCGACCGCGUCGCGUUAAGCCAACUAACAGCUGGAGAGAAACCUGAUGAAUCUAAAGUGAAGUUAACGCAAGUGCCAGGAGCAGUGCUGUUCCAAUACGUAGACAAUCAGGCGCCUGCCGCUGAUGUAAAUUAUGAGAUCGGAGAGGAGGACGUCGAGUCCGCCCCGUCAUCUGGUGACACGGAUUCAUUAAACAUAGAAUCUGAUACAAACGCAAGUGACGAAGAGUGCAAAGAUAAAGAACCGAUUACAAAGAAACCAAAUAACAGACCAGCUACUGCGGCGAGAGGCAAACAGAAUAUAAAAACCGUUAAAGAAAAUACUACUUCUAAAGAUAAAAGCAAAUCUCGUGAGAAGUAUGGUGUAAGCAGCGGAGAAAAGAAACCUAUUGGAAAAAAAGAUGAUAGUAAAAGCGGAGGACAGAAAGCAGAUAGGAAAUCGUUGGGUAAACGUCAUGGUGAUCGUGAUAAUGAAGAUUUUAUUGCUUCUGGGGCUUCAGGUGAACAGGAUUCAAUUCCCAGUGAUUCUAAUUACACAAAUGUCGCUACAGAGUAUCCCAGCGCAAGCAACAUUUUGCCCUCGUCGUAUGAUACUAUGCUGAAUUUGGAUCGUACAGAAGCGAAGAGGUCUAUCAUAAAUACGAUUAAUUCUUACGAAGAUAAGAGAUUCCCUUCUCAAGGAGUAAAUCGAGCGGACAUGGCGGAAAACGAUCGCAUAGAUCAGAACGUGGCAACAGAGAUACUAGACCGUACGCUGCAGUACGAAGAACGCGAGAUGUACCGCCAGUAUGACGUCAUGACUAGCCACGCGGGGAACAUUGACAAUAAGACAAACGCUAUCAUUGAACGCAUGUCCGGGGAGCUGGAGAACGAAUACACGCUGCCGGAAGUAUCUCAUAUCCUUGAAGUGCACAUGGAUGCAGCAGCACAACGGUGGAGAGCAGGUGACUUUGUGCAGUUCAUACCAGGCAGCCCUUCUGGCUCUCUUCAUGACGUCAAUGAUGACCCCGAAGCUACUCUUAUUGCAAGCAACAAUGAUUCGUUGUGCUUAGAAGACACGCUGACAGAAGAGAACGUCAACAGAAUGUCAGCAGGCGCCGGAGAUGAUUCAGGAAUCGGCAAUGAUAUUACUUUGAGUGAUACUACUGAAGUUCACAAUAAGAGUGUUGAUGGAAAUGAAAAAUCUCCGAAUGAUAAUAAUGCUUCUGACGACUUAGUUGUUGAAGAUAAUGUGUGUAGAGUAGGAGAAUGGUCAAAGAAGAAUUUGGAAAGUGUAAAUCGCGCCAUUGCUUCCGGCUCUGGAGAUGCUAGUUCCUCAGGCUUUAAGGUUGAAAAGAAUGAGCCUAAUGAAAAAGACUCCGCCGAAAAUGAUCUGAACGAUUCGAAAGCAUUUGAAUCAAUUCUCGGUGACGAAAACUUUAUAAACGAUGAGUCUACUGAUGAUAUAUUUGAAGAUUGUGUAGAUGAUGUUGAGACUGGCAAGGAUAAGGAAGAUGGCGGUGGACAAUUUAAUAGAGUUGCGCAGAAUUAUUCUUUAGAAAUGAAGUUAGCUUUAGGCAUUGAGGAUGGGAAGUCGUAG